GUCACCAGGCACUUAAUCACCUGAUCUAGCAAACUGUUAUUAUAAUAGAACAUGCACUGAAAAUGAUCAUUCUAAUUUGAAUACAACGAGUGCUGUUGACAGUCGAGCCUCCGUAUUAAGAUCGGGAUAAUGGCGCCUCCCGGGAAAUGUGUUGUGUUCACUUCCGUGUUGUUCUCGUUGAUCUCCACGAUUCUCGGCGACUUUCCAUUCAGAAACACCUCGCUACCGUGGAGUGAACGAGUCGACGACUUGGUCGGUAGGCUUACGUUAGAAGAAAUCGUACUGCAAAUGUCUAGGGGAGGCACUGGGAGUAACGGGCCCGCCCCGCCCAUCGAUCGCCUCGGUAUUGGUCCCUAUUCGUGGAAUACAGAAUGCUUGCACGGCGACGUCGCUGCAGGACCAGCUACUUCAUUCCCACAGGCAUUCGGACUGGCAGCGACAUUUGAUGCCGUGCUUAUUGAGCAAAUAGCCAAUGCCACGGCCUAUGAAGUACGAGCCAAGUACAAUAAUUAUGCCAAGCACAAGGAAUAUGGCGAUCACAAAGGUUUGAGUUGUUUCAGUCCAGUUAUUAACAUCGCUAGGCAUCCAUUAUGGGGAAGAAUCCAGGAAACAUACGGAGAAGAUCCAUAUUUGUCUGGUACACUUGCUGCAAGUUACGUCAACGGUCUCCAAGGCAACCACCCGCGUUACGUCACUGCCAACGCGGGUUGUAAACAUUUCGACGCGUACGCAGGUCCCGAGGAUAUUCCGUCAUCGAGAAGCACGUUUGAUGCAAAGGUAUCUGACAGAGAUUUGAGAAUGACGUUCCUACCAGCGUUUCAUGAGUGUAUACAAGCAGGGACACACAGUUUGAUGUGCAGCUACAACAGUAUAAAUGGAGUUCCGGCCUGUGCAAAUAAGAAACUUCUCACUGAUAUUCUCCGAACUGAGUGGAAUUUCACUGGAUACGUCAUCAGUGACCAAUCAGCAGUUGAGAAAGUCUACGAUGCUCACCAUUACACGAAAGACAUGCUAGACACGGCUAUCGCGUGCGUCAACAGCGGACUCAAUUUGGAACUCUCGUCGAAUUUGGAAGACAAUGUGAUGAUGCAGACCACCAAGGCGGUGAAGCAGGGUAAUGUUACAAUGAAAACCGUCAAAGCGAGAGUUUCGCCACUUUUCUACACGAGAAUGAGGCUCGGGGAAUUCGACCCACCGGAAAUGAAUCCGUAUUCGAAGCUGGACCUGUCCAUUAUUCAAAGUCAGGAGCAUCAGGAGUUGUCGUUGAAAGCGGCUGCGAAGUCGUUUGUGUUGUUGAAGAAUGAGAAUAGAUUCUUGCCACUGAAAGAAAAGAUUGACAAACUUGCUGUUGUAGGGCCGUUUGGAGACAGUCCAGAUGAAAUAUAUGGUAGUUACAGUCCCGAUGUCAGUAACCUGACAGUGACACCGAGACAUGGUUUAUCGAAGAUUGCGCGACUUGCUACCACAUUUGCGUCAGGUUGUCUAUCACCGGCUUGUACCGAAUACGAUCCGAAGAGCACCGAGCAAGCAAUUGACGGGGUUGAUAUGGUGGUUGUGUGUUUAGGAACAGGUAACAAAGUUGAAGCUGAAGCUCACGACAGAUCCGAGCUCACGUUGCCGGGACAACAACUGAGACUACUCAAGGAUGCUGUCACAUUUGCUGCGGGCAAGCCGGUUAUUUUGUUACUCUUCAACGCAGGGCCGUUAGACAUCACGUGGGCAGUUAGUAACCCUGCCAUACCUGUUAUAGUGGAAUGUUUCUUCCCAGCACAGACCACUGGCACGGCGCUCUAUCAUCUGUUUGUGAACUCACCAGGGAGUAACCCCGGUGGUAGGCUACCGAUAACAUGGCCAAAAUCCAUGAGUCAGGUGCCGCCGAUGGAAGACUACACCAUGGAAGGUCGAACAUAUCGUUAUUUCAACGGAGAUCCACUGUUCCCGUUUGGAUAUGGUUUAUCAUAUACUACAUUUCACUACAAUGACUUGAUAAUUACUCCGUUCACACCGAUUAAACCUUGCAGUUCAAUCAAUAUAGCUGUCUUGCUGAAAAAUACUGGUGAUGUACCAGGAGACGAGGUCACCCAAUUUUAUAUGAGCUGGGGAAACGCUUCAAUCCCAGUACCGAAGUGGCAACUUGUUGGCGUGAGCCGAACGCGAUUGCAGUCCAAAAAGUCUGUGAACAUCGCCAUUACAAUCGCUCCUCGUUUAAUGGCUGUGUACACCAACAAAUGGGUCAUCGAACCCGGUGUUUAUACAGUCUACGCUGGGGGUCAGCAACCUCACCAGUCAACCAAAGUACCGUCCAAUGUUCUCCGGGGUCAUUUUACUGUCGACGGAAGCACGACUCCUUUGUCCCAGUGCCAAUGAAUACAAAUGUCAUGCAUGCACACACGUUUUGAUCACAGUACAUAUCGAGUACAUUCAGUUAUCAAUAAAUACCGAUGUGUAUUUUUCACUAAGUGAAGUUUACUUUUGACAUGUAUAUACCAGCGAUAUUUGUACUGUGUAUAUCCAAUCAGUACAAUCAAAUCAUAUUCAUAUAUAACGGAACAUGUGUUUAUAAUAUUCAGUUUUUUAAAAAUUAGUUUUUUUCAAUAUUCGCGCACCAUUCGAUAAGUUAAUGAAAUAAAAUGUGGUGGGUUUAGUUUAAAAUAGCUGAUUAUUUGUAGCUAAAAGUAGAAGAAUCCUUCUUCAUGUAGAAGUGUUCAAUGAUCUUGUACAGGAAAUAGAAUUCCAAACGUAGAUCUUGAACAAUGUAGUAUAUUACAUAAUAUGUACAAUGUUGGUGGCAUGAACUUUUACAUGGAGGGGCGAGAUCUGCUCAUCAACCUCGCGCCGAAGGCACGACCUUAUCAGGGGGUCCGGAGGCAUGCUUCCCCUUAAAAAAUGAAAUCUAGACCCUCUGAAACGCUAUUUCCUGCAUUUUGAGGGGCAAAUUUUGCUGACACAAAGGGUUUCAGCUUGAUUUUGGAGGGCCCCAGUACCGCCGCCACUGAUGUAAUAGAUCAUAUUUGUCAAUCGUUGUCAUAGAAAAUAGCUGGACGUUUCGAGCAGUUUAUAUUACUGUUUUUAUUGUAGAUUCGCGCAAAUGGCAUUUUUAAUGGUAGUAUUUACUG